GUCAGUAGUAAAGAGCAUUGGUGUUUUCGCACUCGGUGUUAGAAUAGCACAGGAAUGCAUUGGAAUGGAACUCCUUCCCGCCCAAAGUUGAAAAGUGUGAAAUUGUUUUAUAAAUUUAUCGAAUUAUAGUAUUGUGAUGUAUUUCAAGUGUUUCAUUUGGCUCGUUUUAACAUGCUUGUGGAGGGUAUCGUCCUUUCAAAGCAUCCCAAAUUUCAUUUUGUUCCUAACUGACGAUCAAGACAUUGUUUUGAACAGCAUGAAGUCCUUGCGUAAAGUACAGGAAGAAAUUGUCAAAAACGGAGUCACUUUUGAGAAUGCGUAUGUGAAUUCUCCAGUUUGCUGCCCUAGCAGAAGUUCUAUAUUAACAGGAAAGUAUGCUCAUAAUAUCAAAGUUUAUAAUAAUUCGUUGAAUGGAAACUGUUCAAGUUUCGAUUGGCAAAGAAACUUUGAAAAGUACAGUAUUGCCUCCUACUUGAAAAACACUAAAAAUUAUACAACAUAUUACGCAGGAAAAUAUUUGAAUCGGUAUGGAGACGUGGAUGCUGGGGGGUUGAAACAUGUCCCUGAAGGGUAUGAUUGGUGGCUUGGUUUAAAAGGAAAUUCAAGGUACUACAAUUAUACCCUGUCGGUUAACGGAACUGCAAAAUUCUACGAUAAAGAAUAUUUAACAGACGUUAUAACGACUUCAGCUUUGGAUUUUAUACGACUGAAUCAUGAGAAACCAUUUUUCAUGACAUUAGCAACACCUGCAUGCCAUGCCCCGUUUACGGCAGCAAAGAGGCAUUUACAUGAAUUUCCAAAUGAAAAAGUUGUGAAAAAUCCUUCUUUCAAUUUUUCUUCCGAUGAGAAACAUUGGAUUGUAAAAAUGCCACCCAAAAGUUUACCGACAAAUAUUUCGCGACUAGAUGUUAUCCAAAGAAAGAGAUUACAAACUUUACUGGCUGUUGACGAAAUGGUCAAAGAUAUAGUGGACGAACUGAAGAAUUUGAAUGUUUAUUCAAAUACUUACCUCAUAUUCACAUCCGACAAUGGAUUUCACAUAGGUCAAUUUGGACAGCCAUGGGAUAAAAGGCAACCCUAUGAAUCCGAUAUAAAGGUUCCUUUUUUCAUUAGUGGACCUGAUGUACCUAAAAAUAGGGUUUUAACAAAUGUGAUUACCGCUAUUGAUAUUGCUCCCACUAUUUUAGAUCUAGCUGACAUAACUGUACCUAAAGACAUGGAUGGAGUAUCUCUCAAGAAAAUGUUGAAACAAUAUGAUAACUCCCAAAGAUACAUACUUAUUGAAUACUGGGGAGAAGGUAACAUUGAAAGAAUAGAUCGUAAUUGCCCCUGGAAAGACGGAAAUUUAACAGAAUGCAGUCAAAACAGUUGGUGUAAGUGUCAAGACUCCAGAAACAACACAUAUACCUGCGUUUUGCAUUUGUCCGAGUCUACUCACUUCAAAAUGUGCAUUUUUUCUGACGAUCUGGGUUUCGUGGAGGCAUACGAUUUGAGGAGCGACCCAUUUGAAUUACGAAAUAUUGCAGGCGAUAUAGACUUCGAGAAACGAGUCUUUUACAGAAAUAUACUGCAUAAACUCACUUCUUGUGAGGGAAAAAGUUGUCGAUUUUGACUCUUCCUACAGCAUUAGUUUUUUUUUUAUGCCAUAUUAGUACUUCCUAACGUUGGAUAAAUAAAUAGUUUUUAAAACUC